UAUGGAGAGUAGAUUAAGCAUAUCGGCUUAGCAGAGUCUCAGCUGUUUAGCUGUAGAGUUUGCGUAUUUACAUUUCUUUCUGCAAUUUGUUUGUUUGGUUAGUAGUUUAGUUUAUUAAAAGUUAGGAAGUGACAAAGCUCGUGUCAUAUUGAAAAAAAAUUGAAGUUUCUCUUGUAUUAUAAUUAACGAUCUUUGUGAUACAUCAGUGGAGUGACAUUAUUGAAGCAGUGAAACUUAUGUUAGAUCAGUUGAUAUGUUUUAUAACUGAUGUGGUUGAGGUUAUGUCGUCAUAAACACUAUACAUUUAGUUAGUUGAUCAAUCUAGUCGUGAAUAAAAUGCCUAAUUUGAUUUUACUUUUUAGUGGAAAACGAAAAUCUGGAAAGGAUACAGUAACAGAUUUAUUGUUUGAUAGUGUUAAAGAAGAAGCAGUUUUAAUUAAAGUCUCAGCCCCUAUAAAAUCUUACUUUUCCAAAGUUAAGGGGCUGGAUUAUGACCAGCUGAUGGGCACAAGCAGCUAUAAAGAACAGUAUCGGUUGGAAAUGAUCAAAUGGAGUGAACAAGUAAGAAAGUCUGAUUAUGGUUACUUCUGUCGAGCUGCUAUUGAAAUGACUUGUGCGGAAAAGAAGCCUGUAUGGAUCGUAAGUGACAUGCGUAGACGGACUGACUUACAAUGGUUCCGAGACAACUACAAGCAUAUAAUAACGGUCAGAGUUUGCUCAAGUGAAGGACAGAGAAUAAAAAGGGGAUGGGUGUUCACCCCUGGGAUUGAUGAUCAAGAAACUGAGUGUAAUCUGGAUUCAGUACAAGAUUGGGACAUAAUUAUUGAGAACAAUGGCAGUCUCGAUGAUCUACAGCCAGAUAUCAAGAGACUCACUGAGAUAAUUAGAAAGGCUGCAGCGACAAUCUAACAUUGCUCUAAGACAAGAGACUAAAUUAUCGUAAAGAUACAAAUGAGGUUCUCAGGUCUUAUAAUCAGUGGUAAUUAUGGAAAUUCAAGAUGUGCCUUUUCUUCAUCAGUUCAUAGUAGUUUACUUAGUAGUAGUACUUUACUUAAGAAACGUGAAGAUAAAUCAACCAAUACAGGUAGUUAUAUAUUCUAAUAUAACCUUCACUGUUAAACAUUAGUUUACUAAAUUAACAGUGUGUGAACCUCACUUUUUAGUUUGAGCCAAGCCAAACUUUUUGCACAAACCGCUCAUAUAUUUUUGGGCCGAGCUUAAUUUUAAUGUAUUAAAAAUAAUAUUGUGGUUGGUAUAUCAAAUAGCAUAUUAAAUAGAGUAUGAUCUAUCUAAAAUAUCAAUAUUGCUGAAAUCCACUUUUGUAGCUGGUAAGACAUUGAAAAUAUUUUCCUGCUUGAUAAAUUAACAGCUAUUUAGCUUAUCUAUAAAAAUCUAUUGCAGGAAUUUACGAAUAAUUCAGAGUUUUGCACACGCUUUUACCAGGUAGUAUCAGAAAGUUCCUGAACUAGGUCUUCCAUUUGAGUUGAUAAGACAAACACAGUGUUUUUUCCAUGACUGAAAUUUUUUUUAUGUCCUCAACAUUGUCCAAACAAAGACCUUUCAUAUGCAUUUCCACUUUUGGAAAGAAAGAAAAGUCGAAAGGGGCUAAAUCUGGCGAGUAAGCAGGAUGUGGAAUGGUAGUUAUGUUGUUUUUGGUCAAAACUGUGUUGAUUUCAUGGAAGCGUGGGCUGGAGCGAUGUCGUGAUGGUACGGCUAGUUUUUGUGUUUCCACAAAUCAGGCCUUUUUCAAUGCUCAUUUUCCCUUAAACGCCUCAGAACAUCACAAUAAAAAUCGGAGUUCACUCUAACACCAGGUGGCACGAACUCAUGAUGGACAAUGCCUUUAAUGUCAAAAGAAACCAUGAGCAUUGCUUUUGUCUCACUUGUCUUGCUUUUAUCGGUCUUGGUGAUUGUGGACGUUUCCACACUAAUAACUGCUGUUUUGUUUCUGAGUCAUAACUAUAGAAACAAAUUUCAUCAUCAGUUAAGAUCCUGGAUAUAAAUGUGGGGUUUACUUUCAGAUGUCUAUUUGAAUUCACUGCACACAUCAACACGUCUGAUCAACAGUUAAAAGCCGAGGAACAAAUUUUGCAGCAACUCGACGCAUGCCUAGAUAUUUGGUUAAAAUUUCUUGAUAGCUCCAUAGCUAAUACUGACAUUACUACAUAAGUCAUUUAUUGUCUGACAACAAUUUUCAUGAAUGAUGUGCAGAAUUUUACCAACAAUUUCAUCUGUUUUGCUUCUGGAAGGCCGUUCUGAAUCAUCUUCAAUUUAAGUUCUGCCAGUUUUGACGUGUAUACCACUAAAAAAACUGUGUUCUGCUCAGUGAAUGUUCUUGUAAAGCUCCUUGAAACAUUUCAAAUGUUUCCGUUAGCGAUUUCUUAAGUUUAAAGCAAAGCUUGAUGCAAUUGCCAUUGCUCCAAUUUAUCAGCCAUCACAGAAGACGCUACAUAAUGAUAACACAAUAACAAAGCACAACUUUUAGACAAACCCUAACCACUCACAACCACGAAGCUCAGCACAAUGAUUUAGCACCUAUUGCGGCAGGGCUACUGGCACGCCGGCUUGUACAGUCACGUUAAAAAAAAUAGUAAGUUAGAUCCGGGCACUUUCUGACACCACCUCGUAAAGUAUUCAGUUUAGGUUGAAAUGAUUUUAAAAAUCUUGACCUACUCAAACCUACAUUAAUUCUGCAACAGACAUUCGAAAUGACAGGAAAGAAAAUAAAAAUUGUUUCCACUACAAUGUUUCCUUUUUAUUUUUUAAUAAAAUGACAAUAUUUUGUCUUAAUUAUUUUUAAAUAAAUCCCAGGAGGGGUUAAGUUAACCAGAAACACUUAUUGUAUUUCAAGAUAUAGGAAAAUGUACUUUUCUCAAUAUUUUUUGCCUAGCUCAGUAUUAAAGUUCCUGUUUCUGGCUAAAUUCCUAAACUAUUAAUGAGACAAUGUGAAUUAAUUUUUAUCAAUGUUGUCAAAUUAAUAACUGAUAAGUACAUUUGAUAAGUUUAUUUGUAGGCUAUCCAGAAAGUAACAGACGUUUUGAAAUUUAAAAAAUUAACAAAGUAAAAAUAUCAAUUUUUAUUAUUUUUAUUAUUUACAUCUUGUAAAUUGAUUCCCGGAACUUAAUUUUUGCUUAUAUUCUAUAUUUUUUUGUGGCAUGUUACCUCUCUUGCAAAAGAAAAUUUUUAGAACUUUAUAUACAAAAAUAUAUUUCAAAGGUAAAAUUUUCAACUCCAAAAAAAGGGGACGUGAAUGGACUGUCUUUCCUUUAUUUAAUAUUAACCUAACUGUAUGUUUUUGUUGAACAUAUAUUGCAUUCAGAUAAGUAUCGUAUGUACUGCCCCAAAAGAUAAUUCCAUAAUCAAUUCUGCUCUGAAUCAAUGAGAAAUAUAGCAUACGCAUAACUCUUUCAUUACAUAACUUCCUAAGAAAAUAAAAAUACCUUAAAAUAUUAUUAAUUUUGUUUUUCAAAUGGUUUAUGUGAAUUUUCCAAUUAACCUCGCUAUCAACAAAAAUUCCUAAAUACUUUAUAUGCGUCACUCUAUCAACUACAGCACAACUAUUCCCGAUACAUACAGUUUGAACACCUAGACACUGACUUAGCACAUUUGUAAUAAACUUGAUUUUCGAAGUAAAUAUCUUUUUUGAGGCUGAAAUUUAUAUAUUUAGUUUUUUCUACACUCAGCAGCAUGUGAUUCAUAGUAAACCACCACUGAAGUGCUUCCAAAUUAUUUUCCAUACUGGACCUUAUACUGUUCCAACUAGAUUCUGAAUAGCAGAGAGCUGUGUCGUCAGCAAAAGAAGUAAUUUUUCCUUGUAAACUACCAUUGCAUAAGUCAUUUAUGUAGACAAUGAAUAAUAUUGCUCUCAGGACAAAUCCUUGGGGUACACCUUGCUUUAUUAUUCCAGAGUCACUUAAUACAGAAUUAACUCUUACACAUUGCUUCCUAUCUUCCAAGUAACUCUGAAACCAUUUGUAUGCAAUUCCACGCACUCCACAUUGAUGUAAUUUAUCCAAUACAAUUUUAUGAUUCACUGUGUCAAAAGCUUUCGUUAUUUCGAGGAAAAGACCACUAAUACAUUUACCCUCAUUCAAACCAUCAUUCACAUCUGUCAUGAAAUGCAACAGUGAUCUCUGUAUUCAUACCAGAUCUAAAUCCAAAUUGAUUAUUACUAAAAAAAUUUGUUAUUUCAAAAAAUUUCAACAAUUUUUGUUUCAUUAGUUUUUCAAAGAUUUUUGAGAAGCAUGAAAGCAAAGAUAUAGGACGAUAAUUACUGCUGUUCAAAUCAGAACCUUUUUUAAAUAUUGGUAUUACUACUGCAUUUUUUAACUGCGUUGGAAAGACUCCAUUGUUGAAACUCAAAUUAAUUAUGUACAACAAGACAUCCAUGAUUUUGGGAUAGAUCUUCUUAAUCGUGAAGGAACUAAUUCCAUCCAGACCCGGUGAAGUAUUAUUUUUAAGUGAUUUAAUAACGCUCAUCAGCUCAUGUGGUAGAACUGAAUCAAUAAAAAUUGAAUUUACUUGGUAUACUUUUGUAAAGGAAUUUUUAUAAUGCAGUAGAGGAAAAUUUUUUAAUUGAGGAUCGUUUAAGUUUAGUUUACUCACUAUAUUUAAAAAGUAAUCAUUGAAAUAGUUUGCAACAGAAAAAGGAUCAGAAAUCAAUGUGUGAUUCAUGUCUAGUGUUAUAGUCUGCUUGAUUUGUUUAGCUUGACCAGUCACUUCUUUCAAAACUUUCCAUGUGCCCUUGGAAUUUCUAUUGCAAUUUUCAAACUUUCGUUUAUAAAAAUUAAUUUUUUGCUCUUUUAUGUAUGUAUGAAGUCUAUUUCUAAAUUUUAAGUAAUAAAUUUUCAAUUUGGUAUUGUUUGGGUGGUUCUUAACCAGUUUAAAAAUAUGGUUCCUUCUCUUAAUUUUUGAACAAAUAAAAUUAGUAAUCCACGGUUUUUAAAAUUUAUAUUGAUUUAUCUGUCGUAAUUCCACUCUACUUUGUAUUGAGAAACUUUGUAAAGUUCCUAAAAACUCAUCAAACGCCAAAGACGCAUUUGCCUGAUUAUAGACAACAGACCAGUCUGCGCUAUCCAAUAGCUGAUCGAGCCGAGCGUAAUCAGUGUGGUAGCGGGGCGAGGACAGCACAGGCUCACCACCCUCUCCCCGCGCACAGCACACCUGCACGCCCACACAGACCAUGGAGUGGUCUGUGAUGUCCGCGUGUAUCACAGACGCGUCUACAAUAAUCCUGUUCUUACUGGACACUCUCAUAUAAGCAUGAUUAAUGCAACUUUCAGACUGUUCUGUAAUUCGUGUUGGCUCCCGUAUUAAACUCUCAAACCCGUUUAUAGCCAUCAGAGUUUUAUAACUAUCUACAGAUGCACAGAAAUUGUCCAAUAUAUUUAUAUUAAUGUCUCCAAUAAGUAAAAAGUUUGCCAUAUUUUAAAAUUA